AUGACACGAGACCCCAUGACACAAGAUCCCAUGACACGAGACCCCAUGACACAAGACCCCAUGACACGAGACCCCAUGACACGAGACCCCAUGACACGAGACCCCAUGACACAAGAUCCCAUGACACGAGACCCCAUGACACAAGAUCCCAUGACACAAGAUCCCAUGACACGAGACCCCAUGACACGAGACCCCAUGACACGAGAUCCCAUGACACGAGACCCCAUGACACGAGACCCCAUGACACGAGACCCCAUGACACGAGAUCCCAUGACACAAGAUCCCAUGACACAAGAUCCCAUGACACGAGACCCCAUGACACGAGACCCCAUGACACGAGAUCCCAUGACACGAGACCCCAUGACACGAGGCCCCAUGACACGAGACCCCAUGACACGAGACCCCAUGUCACAAGAUCCCAUGACACGAGACACCAUGACACGAGACCCCAUGACACGAGACCCCAUGACACAAGAUCCCAUGACACGAGACCCCAUGACACAAGAUCCCAUGACACGAGACCCCAUGACACAAGAUCCCAUGACACAAGAUCCCAUGACACAAGAUCCCAUGACACAAGAUCCCAUGACACGAGACCCCAUGACACGAGACCCCAUGACACGAGAUCCCAUGACACGAGACCCCAUGACACGAGACCCCAUGACACGAGACCCCAUGACACGAGACCCCAUGACACGAGACCCCAUGACACAAGAUCCCAUGACACAAGAUCCCAUGACACGAGACCCCAUGACACGAGACCCCAUGACACGAGAUCCCAUGACACGAGACCCCAUGACACGAGAUCCCAUGACACAAGAUCCCAUGACACAAGAUCCCAUGACACGAGACCCCAUGACACAAGAUCCCAUGACACAAGAUCCCAUGACACGAGACCCCAUGACACGAGACCCCAUGACACGAGACCCCAUGACACGAGAUCCCAUGACACAAGAUCCCAUGACACAAGAUCCCAUGACACGAGAUCCCAUGACACGAGACCCCAUGACACGAGACCCCAUGACACGAGAUCCCAUGACACAAGAUCCCAUGACACAAGAUCCCAUGACACAAGAUCCCAUGACACGAGACCCCAUGACACGAGACCCCAUGACACGAGAUCCCAUGACACGAGACCCCAUGACACGAGACCCCAUGACACGAGACCCCAUGACACGAGACCCCAUGACACGAGACCCCAUGACACGAGACCCCAUGACACAAGAUCCCAUGACACGAGACACCAUGACACGAGACCCCAUGACACGAGACCCCAUGACACAAGAUCCCAUGACACGAGACCCCAUGACACGAGACCCCAUGACACGAGAUCCCAUGACACAAGAUCCCAUGACACAAGAUCCCAUGACACGAGACCCCAUGACACGAGACCCCAUGACACGAGAUCCCAUGACACGAGACCCCAUGACACGAGACCCCAUGACACAAGAUCCCAUGACACAAGAUCCCAUGACACGAGACCCCAUGACACGAGACCCCAUGACACGAGAUCCCAUAACACGAGACCCCAUGACACGAGACCCCAUGACACGAGAUCCCAUGACACGAGACCCCAUGACACGAGACCCCAUAACACGAGACCCCAUGACACGAGAUCCCAUGACACGAGACCCCAUGACACAAGAUCCCAUGACACGAGACCCCAUGACACGAGACCCCAUGACACAAGAUCCCAUGACACGAGACCCCAUGACACGAGACCUCAUGUCACAAGAUCCCAUGACACGAGACACCAUGACACGAGACCCCAUGACACGAGACCCCAUGACACAAGAUUCCAUGACACGAGACCCCAUGACACAAGAUCCCAUGACACGAGACCCAUGA